AUGCCAAACCAAUCAGCAGAUAUUAUCAAUUUAAAUGUUGGUGGUCAACGAUUUUCGACCAGUCGACAAACGCUGACGUGGAUACCGGAUUCGUUUUUCACCGCAAUGCUCAAUGGUCUUAUCUCAACAAAUCGUGACGAACAAGGCGCAAUUUUUAUCGAUCGUGAUCCGAAACUAUUUUCAAUUAUUUUAAACUAUUUACGUACAAAGGAACUUGAUAUCAAUGGCUGUGAUCUUCAUAUGCUAAAGCAUGAAUGUGAAUUCUAUGGUGUUCAACCAUUGAUUCGUCGCUUACAACUGUGCGAAGAUCUUGAGCAUAGUCAAUGUGGUGAUGUACUUUUCAACGGAUACAUAAAUCCUCCACAUUCAGUUAAUACACCACCUACGUAUGAGUCAACACAAACGCCGAUGGCACAGGCAAUCGUCUAUCAACCGCCACUAUGUCAACCAACAAAUUUGGUUCGACCUGGUACAGCUUUGAGAUUGAAUAGUAUGAUGCAGCAGACAUUAAAUCGUAGUGCAUCACAACUUGGAGAUUUUAGAGCCUUAUCAACCGACGUAAUAUCGGCUAUCCCAUCCGCAUCCAGUGUAAGUCGCGGACAUUCACGAGCAUCUUCCACUGAUUCCGUCCUUUGGGCAACUCACCAGUCUAACUCUUCCUCGUCUCAUUUACGUCAAAAAUCAAUUGGUGCUUCUAUUGAGAAUCAUCCUCCCAUAGCGAGCUCUUCCACAGCAGGUGUUAUUCUUCUUGCUGGUCAUCAUAACUGGAUUAGUGCGGCAUACUCAAAUAAUGUUGUAAUGUGCUAUAAAAUGAAAGAUACAAGUGGUUGGCAAUUGAUGUUCGAAUCAGAAACUCAAUCGGAUGAUAUCUACCGUUUAGCUAUAACAGCUCGUUCGUCAUCCUCCUCUUCGUCAUCAUCUUCAGUGAAUCAACAAUCACCAGAUUCGACCUCCAAUCUUCGAGAAUCUAAACUUUUAGCUAUCGCCGUGCGAACAAAUGUUCGACUUUGGAAUGUAGUUGAUGCAUCCAUCCAUACACUUAUCGGCACAUUUGCGUUUGGCGGACCGAUUGAUAAUCUAUUUUUUAUCAAUUCACAAUUAGUAGCUACAGGUGAUGAAAGAAAGGUUGGUGUAUGGCAUUCACUGUCUCAACAGUGGCAAACACAGGAAUUAACACGAAUAUUAAGUUUUGAUACAGCUGGAACGUUUUUAUUACUCGGUAGUGAAACAGGAUCGAUCUACUAUUUCGAUAUGCAAAAAUUUCCUUUGAGAAUGAAAGAUAACGACCUAUUAAUUACUGAAAUAUUCAAAGAUCCAGCUGGUGAAUCAAUUACAGCGUUAAGUGUCUAUCUAACACCUAAGACAAGUGUAACAGGCAACUGGAUUGAAAUUGCAUAUGGAACUAACUCUGGUAUCAUUCGAAUUGUAGUACAACAUCCGGAAACAGUUGGUCAUGGUCCCCAAUUAUUUCAAACAUUCUGUGUUCAUCGCAGCCCAGUUACAAAGAUCAUGCUCUCCGAACGGCACUUAAUCAGUGUAUGCGCGUCAAAUAAUCAUGUUCGUACAUGGAAUGUCACCCGUUUUCGUGGCAUGAUAUCAACACAACCAGGAUCCACUCCACUGUCUUCCUAUCGUAUUGUAUCACUAGAGCCAGCUCGAUCAAUCGCUAGUUAUACAGCGGGCAAUGAUAUUGGCCCGUAUGGCGAUCGUGAUGAUCAACAAGUGUUCGUUCAAAAAGUCGUUCCAUUCGAGACAGAUCAGAUCUACGUUAGAUUCUGUUCAACAGGCAAACGAGUAGCUAUCGUUCGAUCGGUAGAUAGUUCACCGAUCAGUUGCUUUACAAUCCAUGAAUGUGAAGGGCCAUCACGAUUGAGUACACGUCCUCGUCGAUUUAUCUUCACCGGUCAUGACAACGGUUCAAUUCAAUUAUUUGAUUUAACAACUGCGAUUGAACUUUGUUCGAAUACGGAUUUAAAUUCCAGUUCACCAUCAUCGUCAUCCUCUCACCAACAUAAUGGAGGCCCAUCAGCAGCUGAUUUAUUAAAAAUGCUUGAUCAUUGCGAUUUCGCUGCCACAAGUGGUCAGCAUCAAAACUUUCUAUCUUCACGUUGUUCAACUCCUUGCUGUAUGAGUAAUAACCAUACGUCGACAUCAACCGUAAACUAUACAACUGCUGUAAUAUCAUCGCCAUCAUCACAAGCUACUACAAAAGAAGAAAGUGAUAAAAACGUCUAA